AUGCAUAAUAAAAUAAACAUGAUUGAUGAUUAAGUAUCGGAAAGUGAUGUGCUUAAAUAAAGAGAAAAAUAAAGUCAUUUAUUUGCAGAAAAAAAUGAUAGUAAUAUAGACUUUAAAGCAAUUAAUUAUAGGAGGGAUGAUUCUAUCAUAGAAAAAUUAGAUGAAAAUACAAAAGAUAAUGAAUGUGAUUUGAAAUUAGUUGAAUAAAAUAAUCUCACCUUUGUCUCAAAAGAACAUAUCUAAGUAGUAAAUAACUCCCUAAAACUUACAGAAAGAGAAAUUUCUUCUAGAGAACCUUUUCAAAACCAUAAUUCACAUAAUCCACGGUCAAAAAUAUACGGUAAAAUGGACAUUUAGAUUAAAAGUCAAUUAGUUUAUUAAGAUGGUUCACCAUCCAAAAUUAGAAAAACUCAAUAAACAGCUCAACAACAAGAUCCUAGAUUGCAAGUAGUUAUGAGAAUAAAAAAAUAAAUAAAUAAAUUUUUCUUUAACUUUACAUACAAUGGAAGAAAGAUUAAUUUGUAGAAUUAAUAAUGUAGGAAAAUGAUUAAUGAUCUAAGUGACUAUACAGAAGUUAACACUCGAUUUAGCACAAGCUAGAAGAAAGAAGUCAAAUCAUCAGUUUUUAUAACAGAUUAAGACCAUAAGGAAAUUUAGAAACAAUUGAUUAUUAUAAUCAGAAAAUAUUUUAUAGUUUAAAUAAUAAAUCUAAUCAUAAAGCUAUUUAUGGUUGGGCAUUACAUAGCCUGUUUAUGGCAAUUAGUAGGUGUAAUAGAUUCAAAAUACUUUGAGAGCAAAAACUCUUGGAUAGUAACAACCUAUGAUUUUAAUGAAGGAAUUUGGUGGAAAGUGUAUGUCUAAGCUUUUUCUUGGGCAUUUACCCUCAUGGCAACAGGUUCGAACAUAGCAUCUUCAGUCCUUGAAUUGUACUUCCUGUCUAUCGUGAUGCCUUUUACAACUAUUAUUUUUGGCUACAUGAUAAAUACAAUAGGUAUAAUUCUCUCUGAGAUAGAUUUACAAGAGGAGUUUCGAAGAAAAGAUAUAAACAUAAUUAACAAAUACAUGGAUAGGAAAUAGAUUUCAUAAGACUUAUAGGCAAGAGUAAACCUUGACUUAGAAUAUUUUUAUUAGAAGAAUUUUAAGAAAAUGUAAGAAGAGGAAGAGGGAGUUCUAAGUAAAAUUUCAGAAUAGCUUUACAGAUCAUUGUAAUAUGAAUAUAACAUGGGUAUAUUUAAAAAAAUGAAAAACCUCUAUGACAACUUCAGUUAUCAAUCUCUUACUCAGCUUUGUUACAAAGCACAGGAAAUUACUUUUUCUCCCAAUUAAAUUAUUUUUGUAGAAAACUAAAUUUCUGAUUCUUGUCUUAUGUACAUUAUAUCAGGAUAAGUGUAAAUCACACAGUAAGUGCUAGUAAAAAUGAGCGAAGAUAAGGAAGAAUCAUCUUCUUAAAUAAAAGACGAAGAACCUAAUAAAAUACGUUAAGAGAACUAUACACAAAGAGUACUUGGUUACUUGAAAGAAGGAUAAACAUUUGGAGAUUUAAAUUUUUUCACAGGUUUUGGUAGAAAUGCGACAAUUAAAUCAAGUGCUUUUACUAGAAUUUUAAAAAUUCCUAGAGAUUAAUUUAUGGAAAUAAUAUAGAAUAACUCAAAAGAUUUAGAGAGAUAUUGCGAAAUUAGAGAUUAAAUAUCUUUGUAUUCCAAUUACGCUGAUUUAAAAUUUUUUUGUUCAAUUUGUAAGAAGCAUGAUCAUUUAAACAACUUUUGUCCAUUAGCUCAUUUUGAUAAAAAAAAUCCUUUUAUUUAUGCAAGAAUCAACUUUUCAGAUACCUAAAAGCGAGAUCAUACAUUUUAAAGGAAGAGAUAAUAUUAUAGGUAAUUUUUUAAUAAUCUAGAGGAGGUACAAUCUUAAGCAAGAGAAGCAUAAGAAUUUUUUGCUUAGAUUCCUGAAGAUGAAGAUGAAGAUUACAGUAAUGAGUAUGAAGAAGACGAAGAAAGCAAUCAAUCAGAUCAUAAUCCCUCUUAGAGAAGUAUACCGGUAUCUCAAAAGAAUCAGUCAAAAAUAAUUGAAAAAAAUGAUUUAGAUUCUGAAAAACAAAAAAGUAGCAUUAUGGAUAUUUCAUAAUUGCCUAUGAAAUAGCAGGAUGAUUCCAAUAGGAAAAGUAUGAUGCAUUAAAAAGAGGAAAAUUAAUCUUUAGUAAAAAUUGAUACUCGAUCAGAAAUAAAAAAGAAAAGCUCAAGGAUAAGUAUAGUGGCCAAAGAAGAUCUAAAAGAAGACCAUGGACAUUAGAGAAAAAAGUCUUAGCGUUAGAGUCAUGGAAUUUCGAUACUGCACCCUGAUGAAAAAAAUACUGGGUAUUCCAACAACUAAUAAGUAUUUAUUCAUAACCAGACUAUGCAUUCAAAUUUCUCUGGAUAAAAACCUAAAGAUAUUUCAUAUUGUAACUACAAUAAAUCAGAUGAGAUUAUAAAGGACAUAUUGUUAUGGAACCUAGAUAAAAUUAAAUAAUAUAAUUAUUACUUCUCAAAUGGAAAUUUUAAAGCUAUUAUGAGUAAAAUACAAACAAUAAGAAAGAGGUAACAAUCAUUAAAGGCAAAAGAAAAGAUGUAAAGCUUGUAAGGACAAUAACAGAAUCCUCGGCCUUCUAAAAAUUUUAUCUCCAAAAAAUAUAUAUAACAAUGA